CGUGCUUUAUUUUAACUCCACCCAACACCCCCACCCAAUUAAUCAAAUCAACCUCGUCCCCCUCUUCUCUCUCUCUCUCUCUCUGUGUCUGUUUCUUGAAGCCCCGUCUUCGAUGAUAAAAGUCCAUUUGAAUGAACAGCAGAUACCCACUAAAGCCUCAAUCUUGCCCAUCAGCUCUGCUCCUGCAGCUGGACCGCCAGAGUGUCGCACGCUAACCUCAGGGAUUCCUACCCUUUGCCCGACAUGACGUCUUCAUCUUCCCAGACGGUUUCCGGCAAGGUCCUCCCCGAGAAGCCGAGCUUCUCCCAGACCUGCAGCCUUCUCAGCCAGUACUUGAAGGAGAAGGGCACUUUCGGGGACGUCAGCCUCGGCCUGAACGGAAACGGUGUACCUGAGAUGUUCCAGCCCGUUGCGGCCCCCGCCGCUACGAUGAAUCUUUUCCCGGUGAAUGAGAAGCCUGCCGUAAAGUCCAUGGACUUGUUCCCGAACGGGAAGGGAGAUUCGUGUAAGAGGGUUGAUUCAAGUGAGGCCACUCAGAAGAAGCUGGGGACGGCCCCGAUGACCAUCUUUUACGGAGGCCAAGUGAUCGUGUUCAACGAUUUCCCAGCCGAUAAGGCGAAAGAGGUCAUGAUGUUGGCAAGCAAGGCGAGCUCUUCCACAGGCUCAAACCCCCACCUGGCUGCUUUCGGCGGCCCGAACUUGGCCCAAAACUCGAUGAGGCCUGGUGGCAUGUUUUCUCAAAACUCGAUCCAUGACCGGAUUCACCGCCCUGCUGAACCCAUUGCUAGUGAUCUGCCCAUUGCUCGGAGAGCCUCGCUUCACCGAUUCCUGGAGAAACGAAAAGACAGGGUCACAGCAAGAUCACCUUAUGCAGGGGCCACCUCGGAGGCUACUCCGCCGAAGCCGUCCGAGAGCAAGCCGUGGCUCGGCUUAGCUGCUCAACCAACACAGUAGUUGGAGCAGAAAUUACCAUUAUCAGGCAUAUAAAGAACCAUUUUGUUUUCUUUUAAUUUAGUUUCAGAAUUAUUAAGGCUCUUGUUUGCAUUUAGUGCGAUCGAUUGAGCCCCACUAAUUAAUUAAUCAUCUAAAUUGGUUGGCUUCAUUCAGUAUGUUUGCUUCUGUAGUGGCUUCCUCUUGUCUUGCCUCUGUUUAGUGUAUAUGUACAAGUUUAUUAUGUUAUCGUGGUUUAGUGCUUAUUAGUUUAUUAUUAAUUUGUGGUCUGCGCU